ACUUUGUGGUCGUUGGCGAGUGGAGAAUGGUGCGAUUUUUCAUUUUGAUUUACACUAUCGAUAUAGCAUAUGCCAUGAAUGAAUUUAAUUAGAACAUUAAGUAGAAUCAAAGUAAAAGUGAGAUAAAUACAAAACUUAUUUUGGGCGUACUUAGGUAGUAGGUACAUUUUAUAAAUCACAGAAUGUUACUGUGAAAUUGUACUCACAGUUAUUAUAAGAAUGAUAUUUGCGAUAGACACUGGCGCAACGUUCGAUGAACUUUCCACCGCGAAGGCUGCGCAGACGCCGGUAAGCUAAGUAAGCUACCACCGGUCGCCCGCCAUCCCGCCAACGCAAGCGCCAGUCGUUACGUAUACUCUGUGUAAAUCAGACGGCAUUGCUUGUUAGUGUACAUGUAAAUAUCGCGGUGAUUUUUCACAAUACGAAACAAGUUAAGCUCUAACGAUAGUGCGACUUUUGAAUCUAAUUAAGUGAAGUGAAAAUCGUAUAGUAUUGCGAAGUGUGUCUUAAUAUAAAUAAACAGUGUUAUAAGGCCGCUUUUUACGGAAUGGAUAAUUCAAUGUGUUGUGGGAGUUAUAGCACCGGAGCUUAUUGAAUGAAGUGGUCAACACUAAUGUUGCGGUGUGCGGGGGCGCGGGGAGGAUGCGCGAGGAGGAGUUGGAGGUGGCGCUGAAGGUGGUGAUCGUGGGAGACGGUGGCGUCGGCAAGUCCAGCAUGAUCCAGCGAUACUGCCGUGGCACCUUCACGCGGGACUACAAGAAGACCAUCGGCGUCGACUUCCUUGAACGACAGAUAGAGAUUGAUGGUGAGGAGGUGCGGCUGAUGCUAUGGGACACAGCGGGACAGGAGGAGUUCGACGCUAUCACGAAGGCGUACUACCGCGGCGCACAUGCCUGCGUUCUCGCCUUUUCCACCACGGACCGGGAUUCCUUUCUUGCACUGCACUCGUGGAAACUGAAGGUUGAGAACGAAUGCGGUGAAAUCCCGACAAUAAUAGUGCAAAAUAAGAUAGAUUUGAUGGACCAGUGCGUCGUCGGACCUGACGAGGCGGAGUUAGUGGCUCGCGCUCUGGGCUGCCGGCUGAUGCGCGCCUCUGUCAAAGAGGACGUGAACGUAGGCGCCGUGUUCCGCGCACUCGCCGCACGCUGCCUCGCCGACAUGCGCGCUGACGACGACGCGCCCAGCGUCAACACAACUCCAGUUAUUGGUAGUUUCACAAAUCAUAAUAGCAACGGCACGAUCUUGCUGCGGCCCGCCAAACACCGCCCCGGCAAGAAGAGAAACGUCCUCAAGAGCGCCUGCAGAAUACUCUAAUUUAGCUCUCUAAAGAUACAGCGUGUUUCUUUUUAUUCCAUUUGUCUAUUACAAAUGGGCAAUAUAUUUAUAUUAUGUUUCGUUCAAUUCAGGAACUUGAUAGUUUCUUUUUAAAUCUAUAAUGUAUUUUAUGACAUUAAAUAUAUUGUGUAAAAAAGCAAAUAAAAA